UUUGCAUCUGAUCAGCAUGAUAUUAUCAUCCGAUUAGUAAGGUGUUUAGAAAUUGAUCUGUGCUGCUUGGGACUUAAAACUAGCAACGGUAGCUGUGGAGUGCUCCCCAUUAACGUAUCUCUGCCUAGUGUAGUAAUCAUGCCCCCUAAAAGGACGGCACCAAGUGAUGGUGAACAAAAACAGGAUCCAAAAGCAGUUAAGCAGCUCAGAAGAUCUAACAGAUUGGAAAGAAACGCGGCAGCUGCUGCAGCCGCCGCCGCUGCUGCUCCCAAGGAAGAUGCCAAGCCACAGAAACGUGCCAGGAAGAUUUCUCCAAAACCAAAGAAACAGUCCAAAGAGAAGGUAACUAAGGAAGAAGCUGCACCUGCUCAGAAUGGUGAAACAAAAGCUGAAAAGAUCCAUGUUUCUCGAUCCUCUGUUAGCGUGACAUCAGCUAGAAGUAUCCCACCCAGCUCCCUGUCAGUGAAAGGACAGAUUAAGCAUGUGACAGUUAAGGGAACAGAAAACUGAGCCUGCCAAUGAUCAGAAUGACUGAGAAAGCUACCACCAUCUUCAAACAAUUUUGUGUACCUCCUUGUAGAAUUGAAAAUAUUUUUUAUCAAGUAGUUUGUAAAUACAAUUAUUUUUAGGAUAAGUUGUAACUUUUUAGUGUAUGUAGGCUGAUAUACAUUAAGAGAAUAAGGACAUUUGAGACUUCGUACACUAACUAAAAGGCAACAGUUUUCUAAUUGGAAGAAUUUUUGACUCAUUAACAUGCUUUUUCCUGGAAAAAUUUUGGAUGGAUUGUUCAAUGGGCUUUAAUUGUUUGAAAUGGUUACUUCAAAUGUGAUUUUAAAAAGUUGAGAUGUAACCUUGGUUUCUGUUUUUGAAUUUGUUUUAUAUAAAGCAAAAACUGAAUGGUGAUGUGUGCUGAACUUGAUGUGAUCAUCUGCUUGUCCAAUUUGAAAUAAACCGUUCUCCUAUUUACUACAGAGUUAG